GUUACUAUACAUUCAUGUAUGAUUUUAUUUCAAUUGCGUCACGAUUUAAAAGGAGACGUAAGUAAUGAUCGCUGGCAGUAUCAGUUGACAUCUUUCCACGAUACACAACAAACGUAGACCCGGAACAAACAUUCGUAGGAUCGUGAUUACUACAAAGCGUGAUACAACAUGGAUUAUUUUCAACUUGUCUGCGCCAUUGGCGUGGUGCUUUUAGCGAUCUACUAUUAUUAUACCUCAACAUUUGACUACUGGAAGAUUCGUGGCAUACCCGGACCGCAACCUACUGUCUUCAUUGGUAAUUUCAAAGAUAUUUUACUUAGAAGAGUGUCGCUAGCCGAUAAGCUGAGAGAAUUUUACGAUGAAUAUAAGAAAGAGCCAAUGUUUGGAAUAUUCGAGGGAACGACGCCUGUCCUCGUUAUUAAAGAUCUGGAAUUGAUCAAAGACGUUCUCAUCAAGGACUUUCCUCUAUUCGUUAACCGAGGUUUCCGCCUGUUUCCAAAGGCAGAACCACUGGGAGAACAUCUGUUCGCUCUGGAGGAGCAAAGAUGGCGACCAAUGAGAGCAAAACUCUCCCCAGUAUUCACGUCAGGCAAGCUGAGAGAAAUGUUCCCUCUCGUAAUAGAAUGCUCGAAGAAUCUGGAGGAAUACUUAGACAGCGUGGUCGAAACGGGUAAACCAGUGGAAUGUCGCGAUUUGGCUGGGAAAUUCACAACCGACGUAAUCGGUAGUUGCGCUUUUGGAAUCAACAUGAACGCUCUCUCGGAUGAGAACAGCGAAUUUCGCGAAGUAGGCAAAAAAAUGUUCACGCAGACCACGCGAAUGCAAAUCAGAGAUAUCUGUCGGCAAUUUCUGCCAAACAUCUAUGAAAUAUUUGGCCAUCUACUGCAAAUUCCAGGAGUCGACCAAUUCUUAAUAGACGUGGUCAGAGACACGAUAAAAUACAGAAGAGAGAAUAAGAUAGUCAGACCAGAUUUCAUCAACACGCUGAUGGAACUUCGAGACCAUCCAGAGAAAUUAGAAAAUAUAGAACUAACAGAUUCGUUGCUCACCUCGCAAGCCUUUGUCUUUUUCGCGGCUGGGUUCGAGACUUCCUCAACGACGAUAUCUCACGCUCUUUACGAACUAGCGCUAAACCAACAUAUACAGGACAGAUUACGUAAGGAAAUCAGAGAGGUUUACGACAAACAUCAAGGAGUUUUAACGUACGAUGCAGUUAAAGAGAUGAAAUAUCUGGACAAGUUUUUCAAAGAGGUGCUGAGAAUGUACCCGCUAAUACCGUUUAUAAUGAGAGAGGUAUCGGAAAAUUACACGUUCAAAGGCACCAAGGUCAGCAUAGAAAAGGGCACGAAAGUGUGGGUGCCAGCUUAUGGAAUCCAAAGAGACGCAGAUGUCUACCCGGAACCUGAGAAAUUCGAUCCUGAAAGAUUCAACGACGAUGCUGUUGCUGCUAGACACCCUAUGGCUUAUUUGCCUUUUGGCGAUGGUCCAAGAAAUUGCAUUGGAUCUCGUUUUGCACAGUAUCAAAGCAGGGUUGGCAUUAUAGCGGUCAUUCGCAAUCACAAAGUCGACGUUUGUGAGAAAACUAGGAUUCCCUACGAAACUGAUCCCCUUUCAUUUAUGCUGACGUUAAAAGGAGGUGUGCAUUUGAAAAUAACCAAAGUAGAGAAUUAAUAUACUAAAGAAUUGUAUUGUUAUACGCAAUAAUGUACAUAUCUAGCUAAUUUUAAUCCGACCAUUUAUGGUGACUCUUGAAAUUGAUAAUAAAAUUACAGCAUCGA